AUGCUUUUGAACAGUAAAAAACAUGGAAUACAAAAAAAGUUUACGUUAGUAUUUUUCUUACUUAUAUUGUAUGAUAAGUACUUAUUUCGUAUUAUUUUCUCCUUUGCUAUAAACAAGAAACCAUUCGCCUUAAAUGCCAUCUCUGGAAAAAAUCACAAUGGAAAUAAAUCGACGUUGCAAGAUAACAGGAAGAUUUUGGUGGAAAUUGGAAACAGCAUAAAAGAACAGAAUAUGCAAAAGUCAUUAUCAAAUUUAGAUGAACUCUUUGAAUCAUAUGCUAAAGAUAAUAAAUUGUCUAGAAAUAUGAGUACCAUAUGUGGAAAUGUUUUAAAUUUAUGUAGUAAAUACAAUGAUCUUAACAGUAUGGUAAGGAUUAUUGAGAAGAUGAAAAAUCAUAAAAUAGAGAUGCUGGAAAAUUCAUAUUUAGCAAUUUGUAACUAUUAUAUUACGAAUAAUUACAUAUAUGAAUAUUUACUCACGAUAAAUAAAAUGAUUGAACGGAACAUUACAAUAAGGGAAAGAUUUUACAAAUAUAUUCUUGUGCAUGUGUUGGACUUGCCCUUUAGUGAGGAAGGAGAUAUAGAGAAGGGUACGUCUAAAAAUAUUAACAGCAUAGGAAAGUGUGGAUACGCGUAUGAAUCGGGACCAAAUAUAAGGAGUAACAAAAAGGGGCUUGUAAACAAAAUGGAACAAGGAGUAGAUGACUAUAUGCAUAUAAACAAUAAAAGAUGUAAUUUGAUAAAGAACAUUGACUAUAGUAAUUUCGAAAAACAUGUCAAUCAUCUGGAAAAAUAUAACAUCCCAGAACUUGAUGAAGAAGAUAAGAAGUACAUACUAAAUAACUAUCUUCUGAUUGACAUUUUUAAGCAUAUGAAUGAAAACAAAAUAAAAAUUAAAUUACUUUACAUUUUGAAACUUAUUCAUUAUGUAUAUGAAAAUAUACAGCAUUUGAUGAAGAAAAACCAACGACAUUUAACACCACAACCUCUUAGGGAAUCCUUACUGCCCUCGAAAAGGUCUUUAGAAGGAGGACCUUCACAUGAGCAUGUACACAGUUAUGCAGAUGAAUUGAGGCCAGGGCAAGUAAAAAAGACCGCAAAUGGAGGGUCAAAUGGAGGGGCAAGUGGAGAUGCAAGCGGAGAUACAAGCGGAGAUACAAGUGGUGGUGCAAGUGGAGGAACGAGCAAAGGGACAGAGGAACCGCUGGAGGAUGGCGAAAAAAGAAACAAACUGCUGAACGAUGUCUUGACGGAACAGCUGAGGUGCAUACUGGAAGUGUACAAAAUGAACUACGAGUCGAUGAAUAUCAACAUAAAAAAGUACGAAGAAACUAUGGACAAUGAAGAAAAGAGAAAUAUCUACUAUCAAGUGAAUAAAAUUAUCAAAAAACUUCCGUUUAUAAAGUUAACAGAAAAUAUAAAAUAUACAUAUAACUGUAAAAAUUGCGAUGAAAACAUUAACACCUAUUUUCUCUCCCUUAAGCAUACAAUCAUAGUAAUUGUGAAUGUCAUCCUCAUUACACACCUUUUCAACAGUAAGGAAAUUUUUAAAAUUAAGCAUUUUUUUUCAAUAUUGAAUGGAUCACCUGAGGGGGUAGAGAAUGACCAAGCGAUCACUUCAUCUCACAGUGGGGAAUCAACUGAGAUAGAUAGGUCAGUAGAGCAAACCCGAUUAACUGAGUCAGCGGUGAGAGAUAGCCGAGGUGAGCAUGUCAGCAAUGGAAAUGUUGUAACUGUUGGAAGUUCUACCCUUAGCAAGAUUAAGAGGGACACGAAUGAUGCCCAAGAAAAAGAUGCAGCGGGAACUGCCAAUGAAGAUAGAGAAAGAAAUAAAAAUAAGGUGGAUCGAUCGAAUGGAGGCGAAAAAUUCGUCCCAGAUACAGGAAACAUAAGCAAGCUUUUCGAAAAGGGAUCCUACACAUGCCUCUUAGACGGGGCGAACAUUGGAUAUAACAAGCAGAAUGUAGAAAAUGGACGAUUUAGUUUUUUACAAAUAGAAAUAUUAAAGGAAAUUAUAAAACAGAAAUAUAAUGAAACCCCUUUGAUUAUUCUUCCAAAAAUAUAUCACUACAAAAAUUCGUUGAAGUAUUUCCAACAUAAUGAAAAAAAAAAUGCACACCCAAGUCAGUCAGACAUUAUCAUUCCAAAUAAAACGAUUAAAAUAAAAAGAGGCAGCUCAUUGUUUAGCGGAAGUGGCUUUCCUCGAAAGGGCACCAGUGAGAGAGUGGACAAUCAGGUAAGAAAUGGGACAGAAAAUGGGGUAGAAAAUGGGGCAGAAAAUGGGGUAGAAAAUGGGGUAGAAAAUGGGGUAGAAAAUGGAGAAGAAAAUGGGGCAAAAAAUGGGGCAGAAAAUGGGGCAGAAAAUGGGGCAGAAAAUGAGGCAGAAAAUGGGGCAGAAAAUGGAGCAGAAAAUGGGGCAAAAAAUGGGGCAAAAAAUGGGACAGAAAAUGAAGAUAAUAUGAAUAACACUCAUCCAAUGUCCUAUAUUAGACGAAUUUUCAACAAACUAGAACCUACGGAUGUCGAAAUUAUUAAAAAGUGGGAGAAGGAAAAAUGUUUGUAUAUAUGUAACUAUAACAUGUACGAUGAUUAUUACUAUAUCUUAGGGAGUUUAGCAAGAAGUAAUAACAUUUUUAACAUUUACAAUUAUGUAGAUCGACUAGCAAAACAUUUUUACAAGUACGAAAAUAUGAAUCACAAUAUAAUUAUAGACAAUUACACCUUAAGUGGCCAUAAAAUGGUUUAUAAUGAGAGAGAAAUUUUGCACGUGUAUAAUAACAUAAUUUUUGACAAAAUAAAUAAUAUCAUGGUUUUGGUAAGCAAUGAAAAUAUGAAUAAAGAGAAAAAGUAUAUAUCAAUGAAUGAACAAUUCUAUAAUGACAAAAUAAAAAAAAAAAAAUAUGCAGAUGUAAAUUUUUUUGAAGAAUAUAAAAAAAAAUUAAUAUUUAAAGAUAAAAACAGUAUACCAUAUUCUGAAAAUAUUUUUAUGGAAACCUACUUUUACAACGCACAAGGAGAAAAUCCAAUUUAUGUACAUGAGAUAGAUAAAGAGAAGGAAAACAUGAAUGGAGCACAAGGGUUAAUUGAGGCACAAGAAGGACCAUCAGCAUCAAACUCAGAUAGUCCAAAAAAUAUUUGUUCUCAAAAAAAUAAAUCCAAAGAAUAUAAAACAGAGUUGAAAGAUGAAGACCAAUUGAACCAAUGUAAGGAUAAGGAUACCAAAGAACAGGAAGAAAACAAAAACUUCUACUAUAGUAAUAUAUAUAUAAAAUGUGUUAAAAAUGUUAAAAGCACACAGAAACCAAUAUAUAUUUACACAAAUGAUAAGAUGAAAAAUCACUACUUUAACGAAUACACAAACUACAUUUUGAAAAAAUGGAAAAAAAAAAGUUUUAUAUCAUUCUAUUUUAAACAACCCAUAUUCCUAUCCGAUUUGCUAAAGCAGUCAGAAACGAAUUCCAUAAAUAUCGAUAACUUAUUGACUAUGUACAAACUUCCCUAUGUAAAUUUGGAACACUCAAAAUUGUACAUUGACGAUAUAGCCUCUUAUAGGGACAAAAAUAUUUACCACAUAAAAAUUAACACACCAAAUAAAACAUUUCUGUCUUAUCAAAAUGAAAACAUUCCAUUCCUGCAGGGUGGCAGCAGAAUCGUUAAAUAUUUAUGUAUUGACUUUUCGAAGAUGCACAAAAGGUCGGUAUAG